UAUAGGUUGAGUGAGUGAGACACACCGAGACAUAUGCAUUAAAUAAGGAUAAAUAGACUAGAGUGCAUGUGCAAAAGAAGUGGGAGAAUCUCAAUGUUGAAAAGAGAUGUUAAUGUUUUAUAUAUAUGUAGUUUAGUUGCAUCGGCGCGUGGCGUCGCAUCGGACUCUCGUAUAGUACUUGUUGCGUCAGAGUGGUGACGUCAAAUUUAUUAUACUUCUACAAUACCCUACAAUAUACACAUAGCCUAUCUCCCUCACACAUGUCUACACUUACAAUCUACAGGCGAAUUUCUUUUUAACAAAAUUUUUUCGAUUACAUAUUCGAUAUUUUCUUCACCAAAAACACACCAAAAAAAAAACAUGCAUGGAACGGCGACGGGCUUUCAUCAUUCCAACCGAAAAAAAAAUUCAAAACUUAUAGACAAAUGAAGUGAAAAAAAAUACGUAAACUUUUAAAAACUGUGAAAUAAAAAAGUGUAAUGUGAAACAGAUAUACGUAAAACAGUUACGUUUUUGUGAAGUGUGCAAUUUGAAAAAUUAUAAAAAAAUACGUGUUUAGAAAAAAAAAAAGAAAAACAAAACUUAAGUGCAAUAUUAGUGAGUUAAAAAAAAUUUAAUUUAAAACUUUUUGUUAAAAAAAAAAUUUUUUUUUUGUGAAUUUAAUUUUUAAAAAGUAUUUAAAAAGAAAAUUAUAAGAAAAAUAAAUUUGUUGAAUUUUUGAUUAAUAAAAUGCAGCAAUGUGUUUUUGUGAUGAAAUGGGGGGCACGUAAUGCGGAGCGGACUGUAUUAAGUCGCGCCGAUCAAAGUGUGUCCAACGGUGCGCCGAAGAAAAAUGGCGGAAUGCUCUUAUUCGCGUUGCGUUCAAGAGCGUAGAAAUAUACGUCGCGAAUUGCAAAAAUGGACCAAAAAUAUGGUUUAUGUAGUUGGAUUGGAACGAGUCGCUGAAGAAUUGAUGGGUCGAAGGAAAUGGAAACUAUAUCAAGAAUCUCUAACAAAGAGCUCGUCCAUUGCAUCAUUAUUAGCAAACAAUAUAAACAAUCAACAAUUGAUACAAGAGCAUUUAGCAACAAGUACAAUAACUCCAAACAACAACAGUACGAUAACUACUACAGCAACACCCUUCUCCUCUUCCAUAACAAACAACACCACCGUUGGCACAACGUCCAUAAUCACCACCACCACCCCCCAAACUCCCACCAACAUCAACAACAACACUAUCGUCCCCAUCACUGCUGCCACGAACAACAACACCACGACCACCACUACCUUAAACAACAACAACAACAACAACAACAGUGUUGUGAAAAUCGAAAACGAGACCUACAACGAGGAUCAGGACGAUUUAAAGACGUCAUCAACGACAGCAGCAUCGCCUGGUGUUGUAGAAACAACAGGUGUGACGACACCCACUGCAGGUGUGACGACAGACAGUGGACAAAAUUGUUCAACACAAAAUUGUACGUCGCAAAGCAAAUUAGAAGAACGAUUAAGGCAUCCACCAACACCGACACCACCAGAACACCAAAAUCAUCAUCAGCAUCAGCAUCAACAUUCAGCAGCAAACGUUGCAACAACAUUUACAAGUUCUGGCGAAAUAUUAGAAGUAAGAGAUUGGAGCCCUUCGGAGAAGUGUUUGUUUUGUGUAGACGGCAAACUGGAUUCCCGCGAUAGUGAAACGCCCUUUAUGCAGGGGUCGGCAUUGAGUCCACAAGCAUCCGACAGUGAGACAAGUGAUAAUAGUCACAGUGAUACAGAAACACCAACCAAUAUAGCCCAUCAUUUACCAACAUUGGCAUCAACGCUAUCUCCUCAACAAUUAUUACAAAACAAUAAUCAUCAAAAUAUGGCAACAAUUGAAAGUGUACAUUCAAUGGCUGUAUCCUUAGCUGCUGUUGCCGCCAUGACAAAUAAUAAUGCCUUGGGUGGUGUUGGAAAUGUUGGAAGUGGUAAUCCACCCAUAUCAUUCUAUCCUCCAGCAUUAUUAUCACCAUGGUAUUUUAAUAAUAUACGUAAUUUUAAUCACGAAGCUGUUACGGCAGCAGCGUUACAGCAACAACAACGGCGAUUAGAAAUUGAUGUGCCAUCAUCAACAUCACCAGAUAAAACAACGGCCAGUCAACAGCAACCUCAACAAUCUAGUAAUAAUAGCUCAAAUAGUAAUCAUAAUAGUAAUACGGCGGGAGCAUCAGCGGAACAGCCAUUAGAUUUAAGUUCAAAAGGUGGUGGAGGCUCGUCCUCAUCAUCGACAACGUCUACGGCUACAACGGGUAACUUAAAUAAUCAUACGACACAACAUCUUCUACAUGGUACGAUAAACGUACCUGGUGCGGGUACACUGGAUCCCAGUAAAUUAGCGGCGCAUCGAAUGCCUGGUCAAACUACGAUUGAUAAUAAACAUAUAUUCAAUUUUGAUUCCAGAGCAAAACCUCGGAUGUCAACGGUGACUGGCCGGCGGACAUACACUGAAGAUGAACUACAAGCCGCCUUACGUGACAUACAAUCUGGAAAAUUGGGAACACGUCGUGCCGCAGUUAUAUACGGUAUACCACGCUCCACAUUACGUAAUAAAGUCUAUAAAUUAGCAAUGGAACGGGAACGUGAAAGUCAUUUACUAUCCGCCGCUCCAGUAAAAUUAGAAGAUGAUGAAACAAAUGUAACGACUGAAGAAAAAGAAUUGUCAGGUGAUGAGGAAGAGAAGGAAGUUGAAAAAGUAUUACAAAAACCUUUAUUAUCAAUGGAUGAUAUUUUACGGUUUUCUACAUUAGAAUCACCAAUUACAGAAAAUUUAAAACAUUUACUGCAAAAAGGUGUUUGUAAAGAUACGCAAGAAAGUUUAGAAGCUAAUAAUUUUGCCCCUUAUAUACAAUCGUUGUUGUUACGGGCGUCCGGUGGUUUGAUUUCGGGACAUAAAACUGAUCAAUUAAUGAGUGCAAUUAAGUUAACUGAAACGGUACAAAAGUUGUUAGCCGAAUCAGAACAAUCUGAUCAACAUUCAGAUAUUGUGAACAAUGGUUGUGGUACCACUGAACGUAGUUUAUCGCGACAAAGUUCUACAAAUUCUGUUAUAAUUCGUAACGACAAAAUACCUCCAAUGAAAUCAGGCACACCAGAAGUAAUUGAUACAGAAACAAAUGAUUCACAACAGCAGACCAGUGACUCACCAUCAAAUGUGAUACUCAAAAUUCCGUCCUUCAAACCUACAACCAGUAAAAAUGGUGGUGAUAUAUUUCGACAAAGUCCAAAUGUAUUAGAUCCACAAACACCGUUAAAUAUUACAUCCCCACACCAUGGAAGUGGGAGUAUUGGCGGUGGCGAAUCAAAUUCACCACCAGCUGCUAUACUUGGUAAAGGUAUAAUGUCAUUGAAGGACGUCAUUGCCAAGAGUAUCAGUCAAAAGUUUCAACAAAACGAUCAAAUGAGUUUGAAAAUGGCAGCAGCUGUGGCUACUUCCCCAGUUAUAGAUAUGGAUUUUAAUUCAAUCAAACGUGGUCGAUAUACACCUCCUCCGUCAAUGGGUGGUGGGAUAUCGGUUAUUAAAAAUCAUCAAGAUAUGCAUGCAAAUCGACAAUUUCCACAACCACCAAAACCUCAAAAUAAUAAUUCAUCAGCAAAUUCUCAGCAACAAUCCCAGCAAAUGGGAGGAGGAAAAGGCACACGACCGAAACGUGGAAAAUAUCGUAAUUAUGAUCGUGAUAGUUUAGUGGAAGCAGUGCGCGCAGUGCAACGUGGUGAAAUGUCUGUGCAUAGAGCAGGAAGCUAUUACGGUGUGCCACAUUCUACGCUAGAAUAUAAAGUAAAAGAAAGGCAUUUAAUGCGACCUAGAAAACGUGAUCCCAAACCUCAACCUACUGAUGGUGAUAUUAAAACACAAACAGUACCAAGUAAACCUCAAGAACAAAUACGUAAUAUAGCAGAUAAAAAUAAAACAAAUAUUAAACCACCUACCCAAAAAUUUUCACCCACAUCACCGAAUGGUUUAAAAAUGCCGUUGUUUGAUCCAAGUAUGACACCAAUUGGAUACAACCAUCCUCCAUUCCCAUUUUGGCCACAUCCAUCAUUCCAUCCAAUGCAAAUGCCAUCUACCUCUGGAUUCCCGCCUCAUCCAGAUUUAUUUGCCACGCAAAUGAUGCAAAGGAUACAGGAACAAAAUGUUGUAUCAUCACCACCACAUUCUAGUACCUCUUCCGGAGUACCCACUGCUGCACAACUAGCAGCGGCGGCAAACUCGGCAAGUACACGAGAAAUCGCCGAAUCACUGUAUGAUGGCACUGGUGCAAAUGGUACUUUUUUAGAUGGUAUUAUAAGGUCGAGCCUUGAGAUGGGUAUACCUGGUUCCAGUAACAACAAACAUGGCGAAGAUAAAUCAUUAACACCAGAAAAUAUGUCGAAUAAGGCGUUGUUGGAUCAAUUAUGUAGGAAUAGUCGUCUAACACCGUUACCCAAGCCGAAUUUAUUAGAUCCACAAAGUUCUGGUGAUGAAAGUAGUUCAUACAAUUCAAAACGUACACAAAGUCCAAUAAACUUUUCACGUGAUUACACUGAUAAUAAAUUAGAUAGUACACCCGUAAACUUUUCAAGUGGGGGUCGUAGUGGGGGUGGUCGGAAUUCAACUGACAUUGUUGAAUUAUCAAAUGAUUCAAAUGAAUCAACGACAGCGCCAUUACCAAUUAGUGACCGAAAACGUAAACAUUCGAUUGAUAAUCAUUCAGAAGGUGAAGGUGAAAGAUCAUCAACGACAACCAGUCCUUCACCCACAUCGAGAAUUUAUGUGAAACCACAAUUUCAAGAAAUAACAAAACCAGAAAAUUUAAAACCUGAAGUAUUAGUACGAUUUAAUCGAUUACAUGAUACUGUCGGCAGUAGUUUAUCCGAUUUAAGUGAACAAUCGCAUACAAUGUUAUCGGAUCGAAACGGUAUAAAAGAAACAGUUGCAGUUGUAGAUGAAAGUGCCUCAAUUGUGAAACCGGAAGCGGGGGGCCAAGACUGACAUCUAGCACGGUUUUUAUAAAAUAGCAUUUUUGUUUUUUAGUUUAUUUGUUUGUUGCAAGACAUUUUUAACAAAAAAAAAAAAACUGCAUUGUUGUUGGCGAGUUGUAAACAAUUUUUUUUAAACGUUAUUUUUUUUAUGGAAACAUAGUUUCCGUUGUUUCUCGUUACAAGAAAAAUGACAUCGUUAUGUAUAGAGAAGAAAAAACAGCAGAUUCUUAAUUCUCAUUUUGAGCAAAAAAUAUAUAAAAAUAAAAAAACAAAAUUAUGUGUUCAAGAUAUUUUUUGAUUUUCAUCAAAGCAGUACCAACCACACCAAAUAUCUCUAAAAUAUAUUUUUGUGUCGUAUGUAAAAAAAUUAAUCAUCAACCCCGCCCUUCCCCCAGUGAUUAAACUAAAUUAAUAAGUGUUUUUUCGGAGAAAAUAAAAUUUAUAUAAAAAAAAAAAUA